UUGCUCUCUCUCUUCCUCUCCACUUCUGCUGGUCCGCUUCUCAUCUCCUCUCCUCUCCUCUCCUCGCCUCUCCCCUCGCAUUGCGCUCUCUAAAAGUAUUCUUCUUAUUUCUUUAAUAUCCCUCCCUCCUCUCCGUCUUCUCCCAGCAUCCCUGCGCCAUGUCGUUCUGGAAAGAAGCGUGCCUGAACCUGCGUCAUGCCGUUCCCAAGGCCGGGAACAGCAUCGGUCGCACUCAAUCCAAACAAUUCCUCACCUCUUCCUACUCGACUCAGACACCCCGAGUGAUUGCCUCAAGCAGACUGUCCAUAAACGCCCGGAGGAACUUCCCGAGCCAACAGUCGUGGAUGGCUCGCCGCAGCUUUUCCGUCACGGCCGGUGCUCAACACGGCCAUAUCACGCCGCCAAAGCCCGGGGAGGAAAUCAAUGUGACUUUUGUCGACAAGGAUGGCGUGAAGAUUGAUCUCCAGGUCUCCGAGGGCGACAACUUGCUAGAUAUCGCACAGGCAAAUGAUAUCGAGAUGGAAGGUGCCUGUGGUGGCUCAUGCGCCUGCUCGACUUGCCAUGUGAUCGUCGAGGACCCGGACAUGUUUGAUAAGAUGGAAGAGCCGUCGGACGACGAGAACGACAUGCUGGAUCUGGCGUUCGGUCUGACGGAGACCUCCCGGUUGGGAUGUCAAGUGGCGAUGAGCAAGGACCUCGACGGCCUCGUGGUCCGGCUGCCGUCGAUGACUCGAAACUUGCAGGCAAGCGACUUCGAGCCCAAGAAAUAAGAGAGCUUUGUACGAGUAUAUACGAGAGGCGACCGGGGAUGAGGGACGGACUGUAUGAUUAUCCAAGCGCAUACACUGGGGAGGGGUUCCAGGUCUAUCUAUGGUUAUUGUGGGCUCAUUGGUUUGUAAACGAACGUCUCUAUUGGGUAUACCGAUCUCCAUUCACUUUUUGGCAUGAAAGUACCUGUAAAUAGCAUAUCACUUUUUAAUCCAAACACUUGAG